UACACUUCCCUAUACAAUAAGAGCACCGCAGCGCGUUUUGUUUUUAGCUUAGCUGGGGCACACGAGUGAAAUCGUAACCGAGAGAAAAUAAGUGUUUGCUCAUCAAAUUGUUUUUCUUUCACUAAUCUUGGAAACGUCCCACGAUUUACUGUGUAUUGACUUGCUGACAUGCCAGUGCACCGCGACCGGGAGAAGAAGGAGAGCACUGCAGAGGAGAUGGAGGUGGAGGAGCAGGAGCAAGAGGCGUCCAGCUCAGAGGAGGAGGAUUCUGACACCUCUUCUGUCUCCGAGGAUGGAGACAGUUCUGAAAUGGAUGAGGAGGACUGUGAGCGGAGGAGGAUGGAGUGUCUGGAUGAAAUGUCCAACCUGGAGAAACAGUUCACGGAUCUCAAAGACCAGCUGUAUCGUGAGCGCCUCAGUCAGGUGAACAGCAAGCUGGCAGAGGUAGAGGCUGGCCGGGCAGCAGAAUAUCUGGAGCCUCUGGCAGUACUGCUGGAGAACAUGCAGGUUCGCACCAAGGUGGCAGGUAUCUACAGAGAGUUGUGUCUGGACUCUGUGAAGAACAAGUACGAGUGUGAGACCCAGGCAGCAUGCCAGCACUGGGAGAGUGAGAAGCUGCUGCUGUUUGAUACAGUACAGAGUGAACUGGAAGAGAAAAUUAGGAGACUGGAGGAAGACAGACACAGCAUAGAUAUUACAUCAGAGCUGUGGAAUGAUGAAGUGUCAGGAAGGAAGAAGAGGAGAGAUGCCUUGAGUCCAGAUAAGAAGAGGAGACGACCUUCAGUGGUGUCUGGCCCUUAUAUCGUUUACAUGCUGCCUGACUUGGACAUCCUGGAGGACUGGACAGCCAUCAGAAAGGCAGUGGCUACGCUGGGUCCUCACAGGGGGAAGACUGACUCUGACAGCUCUGCAUUCCCAUUCAGACCAGAAAGGAACAGAUCAAUUCUCAACUGCUGAGGAGGACACACACACAGUCACACAUUAGGAAACACACAAGGAGCUCACGUAUACAUGCGAUACAUGAAAACACAUUCUGGAUAUGACACACAUGAUAAAAUUCACCUCUGCUCACACAAAAACACACACAGCUGAAUGUUUUUCGGACUUUUCCCACAAUCCACUAUGCUCCUGAGCUAACAGCGACACCAGUCAGUAAGCUGCCUCUCGUGCCAACAGGCACAUUUAAUAAGGACUCACUUGUUUGUUUCCCUUUAAAGGACAAGCAAGAACAGAAGCAUCAUUUUACUGGCUUGUCAUCAUUACUUCCAGUAAACAUUGAGCUCUUUCUUUCUUUUUUUUUUUUGACUGUAACAGUUAUGGUUUCUGUUAAUUCAGUGGAGAUUGAAAUCUUUGAAAUGAUCAGUCAAGGAUUUUUCAGUCCUUGUUGAUUUUUUGAAGUGAACCCAUAUUAAUGAGUCUCGUCCUACUUUACGUUUUUAAUCCUCCCACAGUCGAGUGUUUGGUGAGGUUUGGUGCCAAUGUCUUUGAGGCCGACAGCCUUCUCUAAACUUUUUAUUUGUUGUUCUCACAAAGCUAAAAUGAGUGGGAAUGUGACCCAAAUCAGGCAUUGUGUUUGGCUUUGAUUAUGGCAUUCUUUGCAGGCCUGCCAGCUUAACUUUAGAUUUUGGCACAACGUAGCCCCCCAUGCUGAGUGUACUGACACCUUGAUUUGGUAAACAGUGUCAUGUGAGUGCUGUUUUUGAUGUUUCUGUUUUCAGGUUUUAUAUCUCACUCUGACAUGGGCACCACUUAAGUAACAACAGGUACAGGUUUUUCCAAUUGUUCACAGCGCUGUACUCAGCAGCGGUUCAAGAGCCUUUGGAAACAUUGAAAAGUGAGUUUUAUUGGACCUUUUGGUUUCACUUUACAUUCACGUCAUUGUGUGCAACUCAAAUAUUUUUUUUAAUUUUACAUCUGGAAGGUUAUGGACAAAGCUUCAAAUGAUGUAUAAGGAAAUUCUGGUUUUUAUAUGUUUUGUACUUUUAGUUCAAAUGUCAAAUGCUUUUUGUUAUGGUGUUUUGAAUAGUUAGCUGGUGAUCGUCACACAGUUUGUGAGAGCAUCCAGAACUCCACAGUGCCUCCAUUUGAAGUUCUAUAAAAAUUCUUUGUAUGCACAUAUGGACUUGGAAAAGCAAAUCUCUCGUUUCAGUAGAGCAUCCUGUGCUUUUAAGAGUCACAUUAUGAUUGUGGUUGAGAUAAACUCAGUGAAAGCAGUUAUUUAAAUGCAGGGUAGCAAAAAACAAAUUGCAUUCUAGUUAUUAUUCUAGUCUGUCUUGGUCAUGCCAAGACAGACUAGAAUAAUAAGAAUAAUAUUUAGAUUUUCUUAAACCAUCUAAAACCCAAAUUAAGUGAGGUAUUAGAUUUGUACCGAACACUGACAUUUUAGGCCUUAACCCAGCCUUUUUAAACCACCAGUGGACUUCCUCAUAAUACCAACUCUGUUUAGUUUUGAUAAGUACAUUCUUUUAGUAGAUCCAAUUCCUGAGCACAGACUGUUUUUACGCGAUACCUAGACAUUUUAAUGUUUUUUUAGCUCACCAAAAUCCUUUUUAAAAAAAUAGUUUUUCAGUUUUUGUUAACAAGUGGUGGUUAUUUUCAUGUGGCUCAUCAAAUUAAGUCAGUUUACUCCCCUUUUUGCAGUUGCAAACAUCUAUCAAUAAUGCAACUACGUUAACAAAAUACUUUUUUAAUAACUGAAUGUAAUAAAACAACAUAUGAGAAGUUAAAAUACCAAGGUAUCCCUUUAAAGUUUCUAUUCAGCAGGUGAUACUGUUACAUCCUCUUCUUACUCAUCUACCUCUUCUAUCAAUCUGUCGCUCACUCUUUAAAGUAAAAUUCACAUUUGCAUUAGUAUUUGUGGAUAUAAAAGUGCUUCCAUCUUUAGGAUCAUCCUGACAGGAGUUUAUUUUGUUUUUUCAGUUCAUUUCUGGUUUACAUGGCUCUGCAGGAUCUUUUUCUAAGGCUCACUGUGCUGAAUACCAAUUGUACAAACAAGGAAGGAACACAAAAAUGUCCUUCCCAUCAUACCACAUCACUGCUGUUUAUAAAGGCUGAUCACUAAACUGUCAUUUAAUAAUCAGAUUUUAUAAACUGAGAUUUUUAAAGAUUCAGGUGGUGGGGAUGUUAAAUUCGGAUCAAUAUUUUUUGACAAUUCGUGUUAAAUAUUGUGUUGGGUACAUUUGUGUCUUUCUUGUUGAUGGUGUGGGUGGUUUAUACAAUUAAAAGUUGUUUUAUAAGUA